AAAAACAAGCGCACUAACUUAAGCAUGCAUACAAAAUGCCAUGAUUGCAAAAAAUGAAUAGCCUAUAUUGUUGCUUAAAACCAUAUUUUAGAGCACACUAAUAGCAGGUAAAUCACCAUUAAUUGUCUUCUGAAACAUGGUUUUAAGCAACAAUAUAGGCUAUUCAUUUUUUGACAUUAAUAGCAGGUAAAUCACCAUCAAUUGUCUUCUGAAACACGUUUUUAAGCAACAGUAUAGGCUAUUCAUUUUUUUGCAAUCAUGGCAUUUUGCAUGCAUGCCUACUAAUACGCUUGUUUUUCAAAACGAAAAAAUUCAGUUUGUCAAAUGAUGCUUCCUGUCAAUAACACUCUCUCUCUAAGUUCAGCUUUAAAAAUGAAAUCGUAAACUGCUUGUGAAACCAUCAUCAAAAACACCUAUUUUAACAAACAAUCCGAAAGCCUUUCCACUCGUUGAAAAAACCCAAAAUUCAUGGAUCGAAAGGGCGUCAUUAUCGUCAAUGAAAAAGAACCCUGCACUGGGAAAGGCCUAAUAGAAACUGGCGGUGGACGAUCAACAAUCAGCUCAAGAACAUUCUUCAAUGGAGUCCGCUUCAGUAAAAUUCCAGCGGAAAAAAUUCAACUCCCUCGACAUCAGGCAAGGUAAUGUUCUCAAUUGACUCAGAAAAUACCUGUCUUUUCGAUAUCUAUACAGAGAACAUCGAGAUCUACUGCAAGAUUACAAAGAGAGUGCGACUCCUUAUAUAGGAGGAAGAAACACUAAAAGAGGAGUUGAAGCUGGUCAUGGCUGAAAGAUUGGCUAAAAUACUCAUGUUGACCUGGAAAAAGAAAUUAAAUAUUGUGAAAUUUAAUGACCUAAGAAAAUACUUUGGGUUACCCGAUGAUUAUGUUAUGAGAAUUGUUUCCAAGUAUCCGGAGCAUUUUACGGUUAGUGAUUAUAUUUACAAGAGAAACAGCUUAGAAAUUCAGCUGAUCUCUUGGAACCCUGGCUUGGCUCUUUCUGUUGUGGAGAGGAGCAGAGCAAAUGAUGCAGAAAACAGGUGGAGAAAAUUCUGUGAAGUGUCAAUUUUUGUCAGUCGAGAAAGCUGUCUAAUUUUUAAUAUUGAGUUUUUUUUAUUUUAUUUACAAGAAAAAUGGCAGAAGCUGGUGCCUAUGUUUAAGAAUAGGACAUCAGAGAGUGAUGAUAGUUUACAGGCGGAAAAAUUUCAUAAACUUCAGGAAAAUGCUCUCUCUGACAAUGUGGAAGCGGGCCUGCAUUGCGAAGCUGGCAAAGUGUCAGAGAGAGUUUCGGUUUCCAUGAAAUUCAUCAAAGUGUUGAUGAGGCAUCCUGGGAUUUUUUAUGUUUCAAACAAGAAUGAUAGCCAUACAAUAGUUCUCAGAGAUGGUUAUGUUGAAUCCGAGCUUGUGGACAUGGAUCCUUUGGUUGUGGCAAAGGAGAAGUUUGGGGAACUUAUGCAGGAAGGGUUGCAUGAGUUUAUUGAGAGGCGGAGGAAGGCGAAUUUCAAGAAGAGAACAGGAAAUAGACCUCUGUGGAAGAUGGAUAAUGAUUUCGGGAAGCUGGGAAGAGAGAUUUUUGAUAAUGAAGUAGAAGGGAAAGAAGAGAAGCAUCAGAAAGAAGCAAGAGAAAAAAUUCAGAAAGCAUGGUCUGGUCCUGAUGGAAGAUGAGUCCCACAGAUUGCUUGUUAACAAACUAUGCCACAAACUUAUCUCUACACUUCUUAUGAAUUCAGCCAUUUUGCAGGUUUGCUUCAAAUGCAUUUUGAGGACAAAUCCUCUUAUCAGAUGUGCAACAGCGAGACUUGAGCAGCGAGCUUUUAUCAUUUGCAAGAGUUGGGUGAUUCCUCAUGUGAUCAAUUGGAACCUUUGGUCACUGGGAACCAGUUUGUAUUGCCUGCUGGAGGAUGUCGAUGCAUGGCAGCAUGGGCUAGUUUCAGCUCAAAUUCUUGUCAUCUAAAAUCAAAUUAUAACCGUAGCAUGCAUAAGUAGUCUAUGGAGAGAUUCCUUACCUGGAGAUGAAUGAGUUGUCGACAGCCAAUAUCACUUACUCAUAUUUCUUCACAGGUAUACAUUUUGUGAUGAUACCAUUAUGAAGUUCAGAAAUUGUUAGAUUAGCUCCAAGUUGCUUUAGGUUGAAGCUUCUAAGAUGCUGUAAGUUUAGAACAUAAAAUUCUUCUGCUUUCUGCAGUUCAGAAUAGGCUUUAUUUAUUAAUAUUGUUAAGAGCUGUCUUUCUAAACCACAACUGUUAGAAUGUUGUAACUUAUAUUAUUUUGCUUUUGUACACAAUCUG